AUGUCGAAGCUUUGGCCCCUAGUCGUCGUCCCCCACGCCCCUCGAACGUCGGCUAGCUUUGAGAACCACCUGAUGCUGCAGCUUGGACAAUAUUCAGAUGCUGUAGUCACGUGCGGCACCUCCAGCUGGAAUGUUCACUUGAACAUUAUAGCCACCCGAUGUGCGUGGUUUGAACGACAGUUCUCAGAAGCUCGAUCCCACGGAAGUAAUGAGGUAGUUGUCUCAGCACAUCCAUUUGUAGCCUACAAGGUCAUCGUCUGGAUCUAUACGAAGACCCUAGAUCUUCACGAAUCAUUCAAGGGUGUUGCCGAAGCUUUCCGUAUGAGUCUCAACAUAUGGGAUAUGGCAAACCGACUAAGGAUUUUCGAUCUGAUGGUUGCUUGUCAGGAGAAAUUAAAGAGCUACCUUCGAAACAUGGUUACCUCGAUGCAGAGGAUGAAGUGCAGCGGGAAGUUACCGCUGUUGGAUGUAAUUUGCGUUUGUAGUGGCGUAAGCUUCGCGUACAAAAAAGGCCACAUCGUCCUAAGGAACAUAUUCCUUGAUUUCGUCAAGGACAGCCAACUCUGGGUUUUAGAUGUCCCCGGCUUCCAGACGGCCAUGGCCGCAAUCCCAGGAUUCCAGAAGGAUGUCGCUGAUCUCGUUGGGAAAUCCCCGGAAUUAAGAACUUUCAAACCAGAUGUCUGUACCCAGUGCAACAAGGAUCCUUUCGCAGAAGGAGACUCUUCGCAUUACGCACAUAUCAAGUCUGAAGACGGCAAAUUCACUGCUAUAUGCUACCGAUGCCAUCUAGAGAACCUUUCCAAGAACCGAACUGUACCAGAUGUCAUUUCUAAGGGAGUCGCAGGUCUACUUCAGUACAAUUGA